CUUCCCCUGCAGCAGCUCCGUAUUUCCGGCCUGUCGGCAGCGGUUACUAUGGGAACGGGCAUCACUACAAACAGAACCGGGGCGAGCGGCGGCGGAACGUGUGUAGGAGCGGAUGGAUGAUGAUCCUGGCGAAACCCCGUUGAAGGGAUCAGCAAGAGGAGGCACUGAAAAUGGUGCAGAUCCACCAGGAGCUCUGCAGGAAGAAGAAAUGUCUCAGGAGGCAGAGUCACCGAAGGAGGUCACAGAAGCCUCCCUUGAGGGGACGCAAGGUGACCUGGGGCCCCUGGAUGUGGUGCAGGCAGACUCUGAGGCACCUCCUGAAGAGAGCAAGCUGCACACCACGAUUUCACAUGAUGCUGUAGCUGACGUCCUGGAGACUCCAUCCAAUGAACGAGAAGAAGCCGCAGAAAUACUGGAGGAUGCGGAUCAAGGUGAACAGCUUCCCCCAGCAGAGACUCAGCCUGAGAGCGUGGCUCCCACUGUGCUGUUGAGUCCUGUCGGCAGGGAGCAGAUGUGUGAUGCUGCUGAGCUCCCAUCUGCGGGGAGAGCAGAAGAACCUGCAGAAACAACGGGGACAUUGGAGGGUACAGGACCAGAUGAAGAGCUGACUCCUGCACAGCCUCCACCAGGGAGCGAGAGGCUGACACCUCCACGCCCCACCAGCAGCGAGCAGGAAAUGCAGCAGCUGGGUCAGGAAGGCCAAGAAAGUCACCAGAAAGGUCUGGGAGGCGAAGACCAGGGGAGCUCAGCGGAGCAGGAAUCCCGGAGCAGUGAAGGAGGUGCUGUCAUGGGCCAGGAAGAGGAGAGGGCAUCAGCGGUGUCCUCGGCCACUCCAGGCUUGUUGUUUGAAGAACAGAAGUAUGAGAAAACUCAUCCGCUUAGCUUGUCUUGGGUGUUCGGUUACAACAGCAAGCUCCCUGUUUACAGCCUGCUCGAUGAGGAGAACAGGGUGAUCCUGUACGUUUCUGCUCACACUGCUGUGAUCCACGAUGUUGUCAGGAAUAGGCAAUAUCACCUGCAGGGUCACUCAAAUUCUAUUUCUUGUCUGUGUGUGAGUGUAGACAAGCGGUGGAUUGUGACAGCUGACCAAGGACCUGACAAUCUGGUUAUUGUGUGGGACGCUUUCUCUGGGAUUCCUGUGCACACUAUAUUCGGCCAUCCAGGAGAUGGGGUCAGUGCUAUUGCUAUUUCCCAUGAUGCUAAGUAUUUGGCAACCAUCGGUGCUGGCAGAAUACAGAGAGCAUGCGUUUGGAAGUGGACUUCGCCUGAAGAGAAACCCCAGUGUAGCAUAGAGCUGGAGCCCAGAUUUGGGUACCAGAACUACAUUACUUUCAAUCCAAAAGAUCAUGGAGAGUUUGUCAGCAACAGUAAAACUCAAGUGAUAUUUUAUCUGUGGGACAGUGAUGGGUUGCGGUACAGUGCCCCUCUUCUAACUGACAGAACCUUCAACAAGGUGGUAGGACUCUUCAGUCAGUCCAUUUUCCACUUUAAGAACUUGCAAGCUCUGACGGGCACUUCAGGUGGGAAGCUGGUGGUGUGGGAUGCAGUCUGCCCGCCGUCCGGGCCUGCCGACUUGUCCGUCAAGCCAUAUAAUAUGAAGGCUAUUAAACUGAUGCACCUGCAGAAAGAUGCCCUCACUGUGCUUACAGUAUCUGACAGCUAUUUUGUAAUGUGUGAUGUCAAAGGUCACAUCAAAUUCUAUGACGGCCAGCUGCAGCUCGUGAACUGGUACAGCCACUUCAACCUGGGGCCCAUCUACUCCAUUUCCUUUUCCAAAAGCCCUCCUGAUCCCGGUAGCUGCCGCUCAAACUACUCCAGUUCUUGCACCAUAGGUGGCCAGCCCUUUAUUGUCAGGAAUUUUAUCCUCUCCACGUUGGAUGCGACCGUGCUGCAUGUUACGCCAGAGGGAACCAAGCUGGAGAAACUGUUGGAGGAGGCCAAGGAAGCUGUUAAUGCCAUCUCUUGCCAUCCUACCCAGCCGCUUCUUGCCAUAGGCAGUCACUGUGGGCUGCUGAAGGUGUGGGACUACCAGCAAACCCAGUACCUCACUAGCAGAAUAUUUACUGGGGCCAGCAUCCAGUGUCUGUCCUAUGACCCAGAAGGUUCUUCCCUGGCGGCUGGUUUUACUGACGGAAGCCUUCGCAUCCUUGAUAGUAUUUCUCUGGACGAUGACUGUAAAGAGUUCAAGUACUCAAGAGGCUCGCUGACUCAUCUUUGCUUCUCCCACAACUCUCAGUAUCUUGCUACUGCUGAUGAAAAAUUCUCAGUGACUGUUUACAAAGUAACCCUGAGAAAUGGCAGAAAGUCCUGGGAACAUCUUGCAGGGCUUCACGCGCACUAUAAGACGAUUCGAAGUGUAAUAUUUGGUGUCCAGUUGGACAGCAAUGAACCCAGGCUCUUAAGCCUUGGGGAGGACAGACUGUUGGUGGAAUAUGAUCUGGGCAGCAGCAGCAAAGAUCAGCUGGCGAUCCUGCGAAGGGACCGCAUCGAGCAGUGCGCCAUCCCCUUGUCUCUGGCCUGGUACCCGCCCUUCACGACGGAGUCCUUCAUCCUCACGACUAACAAUCAGUACAAAAUGAAGCUCUAUAAUGCAACGACCAAAAUGUGCAGAAAGACGCAUCUGGGACCAACCUAUGGUUCCCCUCUUGAGAAGAUACAGAUCCUUCCAGUAACAAAAAGUCAGGAUCCUCAGAAGCGAUACCUGGCCUAUAUUGCAAAAGAUAAGGUGGGUCUGCAGAUUUUGCCUAUGGAUGGUAACCCGCACAAGUCCUCAGCUUUCAUCUGCCACCCAGGAGGUGUCUCCAACCUUGCUAGUUCCUAUGAUGGAUGCUAUGUCUUUACAGCUGGGGGUAAUGACCGCACCGUGAUGAAGUGGGAAAUUAAUUUGAAUGCUUUGGAGGCUGCUGUUUCCCUGGGUGGUGAGGAUUUGAUCCCAUUCUACAACCUGCUGGAUGGUGGCAGAGAUGGCGAAUUCUUCAGGGAGCUGGAGGACUAUUUUUACUAUGCACAGCUGCGGAGCCAGGGCAUUGAUACAAUGGAGACCAGACAGGUGUCAACUCACAUUCCCUUGGAGGAAGUUCCUUUUGUAAUGCGAGCAAUGGGGUAUUAUCCAUCAGAGGAAAAGAUUGAAGAUAUAAUAAAUGAAGUAAAAUUCACUGAGUAUGUAGCUACUGGGAAGCAGGUUACCAAAAUCAAUUUGGGAGAUUUUAUCAAACUCUACAUAAAUCAUCGACCAGCAUUUGGCUUGUCAGUUAAAGAAAUACAAAGUGCCUUUCAAGUUCUUGGCUAUGAAAAUGAGAACGGAGAAAAAGUUAUUAAGAGAGGAGACUUGCUACAGCUGCUUCAGUGUAGAGGGGAGCACAUGACAGAGGAGGAACUGGCAGAGUGUCUUUCCACCCUGCUGGGCAUGAAUCCUGAGGGAGGAACAUCUGAGCUAGGUACUUGUGAUCCCACAGGUAAACAUUUAAUAUUCUGCAAAGCACAGAAGUUAAAUUUCUUUAGCUCCUUUAACACAAUAAUGCAACUUGCAAACCCUAUCGCCCUCUGUCCAACAGCUGUCAAAAAUGUGCAUUUGAGAUUGCAAAUGCAGAGUGCACAGAUCAAAGAUAGUGCAUAGCCCUAACUUCUGUGGGUAUUGGAUAUUCAUGCCCAGUCUAUGAAUCAAGCGUGCCAAUGUGUAACAGUCUAAAAUAGCAUCCAGUGAGAGUUUUCUGCAAAGGAUCUCUGCCUGCUGAAGGUGCUUUUAGAAGGAACUGCUUAGUGGCAUAAGCCCCAGCCUUGAUUAAAAUAAAAUCAGAGUAGGGUAGAAAUACCACUGUUUCAUUCUGAGGUAGGUCCAUUAGCUGCCACACAAUUUUCUAGAUGUGGGGCUUGCAGAUGAGACUUUGCUAACCAAAGACCAGUAUAUUCUGCACAUCCCAUGCUGCCUUUGUAAGAAUUAAAGCUUAAAUCUGUUCUUUUCCCCCUACAUUACUUGAAACAGGAAGUUGCUUUAGUCUUUAAAGCAAAUGACUACAGUUUUCUGAAAUCUGAAUAACCGUAUCUGAGAUUGAGCACAUUAAUAAUGACAUUAGAACCAUUUUAAAGGAAUUCACGGACAAGGAAUGAAAAUAACCUCAUCGUGAUUCACAUGGUCAGAACUGGAAGAGACCAAUUGCAGUGCUGUAGAUCACUUAGUCUAUGUCUAGUCCUCAGUGGCUGUAGGGAAUGUGCUGCAUCUUAUAGAAUCAGGCCCUUUUCUUCUCCUCACAGGAGAUGUAUCACUUCAACACUUAACACUAUUUAAGAUCCCUUUAGUAUACCUUUGUAGACAUUCGACUCCCAAACUACUGGUUACCAGUGUUAUUGAUCAGGAAACUUGAUUGUUUUGUUGGGGGGGUGUUUGGCUUUUUUUUCCCCUCUAGGUGCAGCAGGUUUGAUUGAAGAAGAAAUUCCAGAGGAAAUCACAGCAGAGAUAUUCACUGCUGACAUUCUUGGCUUACCUAUUCCUGAACCAGA